AUGGCUGACAAUCCUCCUCAGGGAGGCAACGACCCAGACCCAGAAGUUGUGGAAGAAAACCAACAACAACCUGCGCUAGCAGGCAAUGCUGAUGAAGCCGCGCAAGCCAAUCAACAAGGCGGACAACAGGCCAACCCUCCGGUUCCCGAUCUCCUAAACAAAUUGAUCGCACCAGCAGCCAUCGCGGCAAACCCAUUCAAUCAACAAGGUCAGCAACAAGGUCAGCAACAAGGUCAGCAACAAGGUCAGCAACAAGGUCAGAAUGUCGCCGGUCAACCGCAAGGUCUACUAGGGCAGCUAUUGGCUCAUCCACAAGGAAUGAAUCUACUAGGUCAGCUCAUCACAAGUGCGACCAAUCCGAAUGCGACCAAUCCGACUACCCAUACUCCUCAGUAUGGAACUUUUCCAUUGACUUCAGGAACUACUCCUAUCGACAUUGGAACUUCCUACGGCAUCAAACAGUACUCAAAGGCAGUAGAUUUGCUCUACUCUAGUGGUGAAGACAAGUUCGAUUUGCAACCAGCAAGACUACUAAAUUUUAUCGAGAGAAUCCAAACUAGAGCCCUUGAGGCGGGAUGGACCAUCAUCUUCCAGCUUCAAAACUCUGCAAGAAAUAACGCUACUGAUGACUUCCUGCAACUUCAUGGACAGAUCUCUAUUGAAGAUGUUCAAUGCCAUGAGCAAGCCUACCUUGUUCAAGCUGACAGUCGCAGCAAGCUCUCCACUUGCAGUUCUGCAUCUACAAGUCGCUCAUGGAAUCUGCCCAAGCUAAAGUCUUACUGGACAAAAAUCUCUUCACCAUCAAUGGAAUGA